AUGACGGAGAACAUUGCCCAGCCCCUCCGCCCAGUUGGCAUGCUCGAGAAAUGGUCCACCGUCCGUCACAAUCUCAGCUUCUACAUCAACGUCAUCAUCACCGCUCGCUACACCACCCCCACCUCCACCCCACUCACCAAACCCACCCUCUACCGCGCCCUCACAACCCUCCUCACCACCCACCCCCACCUCACCACCACCGUCCUCAACGAACACACCCCACACCCCACCUUCGCCCGCCUCCCCACCGUCGACCUCAACGACCUCGUCACCACCACCCGCCUACACGCCCCCACAACCUCCCCCGCCGCCGAGCUCGCCGAACUCGACAGCAUCCUCUCCUCACAGCACAACACAAAGUUCCACAACCUCGGCCGCCUCCCGCUCUGGCGCCUCGUCCUCAUCACUCCACACACGCCCGACUCCGCCGGUCGCGGCGUCGACCUGGCCUUCAUCUACCACCACGCGCUCGGCGACGGCGCCACAGGCCUCGCGUUCCACCGCGCGCUGCUGCGCGCCCUGAAUUCCCCGUCGCCGCACGGGGAGGGGGAAGAAGAGGUGGACAGCGUGGUUGUGCCGCCGGAGCUACCACUGCCCCCGCCGCUGGAAGGCCUCGUGUCGCUGUCGACGUCCAUGUCACGGAUGUGGUCACUGCUCUGGUCCCUAAAGUCCGCUGUUGUGGUGGCGGCAGGGCACUGGAGCGGUGGGCCGAUCCAGAUCCCGCUCAAGAACGUUAUCCGGACGGUUGUGUUCCCAGCGGGGGUAGUGGCGGGUGUGGUGGGUGCGUGUCGGCGGGAGGGGACAACGGUGACGGCACUGCUGCAGGCGGUGCUUGCGAGGGCUUUUUUCGGCGUGUUGGAGGAAGGGGGGGAGGAGGGGUGGCAGACGCUGUCGACGACGGCGGCCAUCGAUAUGAGGAGGUUUAUACCCGGCGCGGGGGAGGACACGAUGGGCGUUCUGGUGUGCUCUGUGCCGGUGGUUCAUGAGCGCGAGGCGACGGCGGAUGUGUGGGCGGUGGCCAAGCGGUGUGGGGCGGUGCUGCGGAGGGCGGUGGAGGCGGGGACGAAGGAUACGGAUACGGGGCUGCUCAAGUAUCUGAGCGACUAUGAGAAGUAUUUCCUGGGCAAGCUAGGCACGCGGAGGGAGCACAGCAUCGAGGUGUCCAAUCUGGGGGUGCUCAAGAAUACCUCUGAGGAGCAGGGUGGAUGGGGCAUUAGCAGGGCCAUAUUUAGCCAGAGUGCGAGUGUGACCGGGUGUGCGGUGGAGUUUAGUGUGGUGAGUGUGGCGGGCGGGGAGAUGUGUGUUUGUGUUUGUGUGCAGGAGGGGAUUAUAGAGGAGGGGGUGUUGGCUGGUGCCGUGAGGGCGUUUGAGGCUGCGUUGGUGGAGUUGGCGGGGGUGAGUGAGUGA